CUCGGCUCUGAUUGGUCAGUUGGGGAGACAGGAAAUAAAACAUUGAUGGUUGCUCUUUAUUAUUCUGUGGAGGAUCUGCUAGCCCUCUCUAUACACAUUUGGCAAUAACGCCUGCAUUUUCUGAGGAAGGGGAAACUAACCAACUGCCAUCAUGUCGAGCAAAAGGGCCAAGGGAAAGAACACCAAGAAGCGUCCUCAGCGCGCCACCUCCAAUGUGUUCGCCAUGUUUGACCAGUCUCAAAUUCAGGAGUUCAAGGAGGCCUUCAACAUGAUCGACCAGAACCGGGAUGGAUUCAUUGACAAAGAAGACCUUCAUGACAUGCUGGCCUCAUUAGGUAAGAACCCCACAGAUGAGUACCUGGAGGAGAUGAUGAACGAAGCGCCGGGCCCCAUCAACUUCACCAUGUUUCUGACCAUGUUCGGGGAGAAGCUGAACGGCACAGAUCCUGAGGAUGUGAUCCGUAACGCUUUCGCCUGCUUUGACGAAGAGGCCACUGAUGGAUCGACUUCUCCCUCAGGUAUAAUCCAAGAGGACAACCUGCGGGAGCUGCUCACCACCAUGGGAGACAGGUUUACGGAUGAAGACGUGGACGAGCUCUUCCGAGAGGCGCCCAUUGACAAGAAAGGCAACUUCAACUAUGUAGCAUUCACACGCAUACUGAAGCACGGCGCUAAGGACAAAGAUGAUUAGUGACAGAUGUACAUUGUUAUUAUGGGUUAGACCAGCUAGAUCCUGUUACUUGGCAAGCUUCACUGUUGUAUAGCUUACUGAAGGUCAUUUGCAAGCUGCUUGUGGGAACACAGUGUACCACUGGACCCCCCCUCUAACUCCUCAACCACUACUCUCAAAGCUCAUUUGCACAUCUGUGAAAAAUUAAGGGUCUGUAUAAGCUAGUAAAACGUAUUAAAAGACCAUCAUGGAUAAAGCUGGAAAUAAACUGAAAAAAGGA